GUAAGCGUGCAAAAAUAAAUAAAAGAAUUAACAAAAUAAAUAGUCAUUCUUUCUCUCAGAUUAGAGCUUAACUCAAAGAAUAGUUCUCUGUUUUGCUGUUGCCUUCUCCCCCAAAAGCGUCACCUUUUGAUUUAACCCUUUAGAACAGAGGAAGCUCAAUUUCUGUUUUUAUUUUUGUUUUUGUUUUGGGUUUGUUCUGAAGAUGCAACUAUUUACUAGCUGUUGUGGAAAAGGAUUUGAAGGGAAAAAGAAAGGGGAAACAGAGCCAUCUCGGAAGAUAUUCUCAUUGACAGAGCUUCACUCAGCCACAAACAGUUUCAACUACGACAACAAACUCGGCGAAGGUCGCUUCGGCAGUGUGUAUUGGGGUCAGCUCUCUGAUGGUUCACAGGUUGCAGUCAAGAGACUCAACGCAUGGACUAACACCGAAGAGAUAGACUUCGCCGUCCAAGUCGAGAUUCUCUCCCGUAUCCGUCACAAGAACUUGCUGAGCGUUCGUGGCUACUGCGAUGAAGGACAGGAACGUCUUCUUGUUUAUGAUUACAUGCCGAACUUGAGCCUUGUCUCGAAUCUUCACGGCCAGCAGUAUUCGGGAGAGUACUCUCUAGAUUCCACCGCUCGGAUAAAGAUCGCCAUAAGAUCCGCUCAAGCCCUUGCCUACCUACACAACCAUGCAACUCCACAUGUACUCCAUGGAGAUGUCAGAGCUAGCAACGUGUUGCUAGACUCUGAGUUUGAACCUCGUGUUAUGGAUUUUGGAUACGGUAAACUGAUGCCAGAAGAAGACGAAGAGGGAGCUACUAAAGCAAGAAGUAACAAUGGGUAUCUCUCACCAGAAUGUGUUGCAUCAGGGAAAGAAACAGAAGCAGGGGACGUGUACAGUUUCGGUAUCUUAUUACUGGAGCUGGUCACUGGCAAGAGACCUAUUGAGAGACUAAACGCGACAACAAAGCGCGGUAUAACCGAGUGGGUGUUACCACUAGUUUACGAGGGAAAGUUUAGUGAAAUAGUGGAUCAGAAGCUGAAGGAAGAGAAGGUGGAAGAGAAGCUGAAGAAGUUUGUCUUGGUAGGGGUCAUGUGUGCUCAGACAGAUCCGGAGAAGAGACCAACAAUGUCUCAAGUGGUGGAGAUGCUAAUGAAUGAAUCAAAGGAGAAACCGUCUGAACUUGAAGCCAAUCCUCUCUUCAAGAAUCCAUAUAGAGAGGUUGCAGAUGAAAGCUCAGAUGUGAUCUCAGAAGAACAACAAUAGGGAUUUUUUUUAGGCACAUAAUCUUCUGUUCAUAUUGGUUAGCUUCUGAGGUUAUUGUUUAUUCUUUUGUGUGUGUUUCUUUGUUUGUAAACAUUGGUUUUGAUUUGAUUGGAUGUUUGUAAGGUGUGGUAUUGGCAUAUAAAGAAGAAGUUGUGAUA